AUGAAGAAGCUUAGCAUGACACCAGUUGGCUUUGUAACAGAUGGCGAAUUUAAUUCCCUGCGAACCACAGGUGAUCAUGAUGCAAUUAGCAUCAUUAAGUUGAUAAUGGAGUCAAAAUCUGAGGCACAGUCAAUAUCUGUGAAGACGAUACUGGAGUAUUUGACGCCAGUUGAGAGAGAAGGUGUUAUUUUGCCACAGAAGGUUCAUCCUGCUGUUCCAGUGGAGGAUGUGCAGUGGCUAUUCCAUUACAUGGCUAUUUCCGAAGCAUCAUUUGAAAGUGCCGUUCACAUUCUUAGGCGGACACACUUCCCACAUCACCAUGAUCCAUACCCCUGGGUUGUAGGUAAAACGGAAACAGCAAAUGACUGCUUAAAGUCUCUAAUGGCAAUGUACCUCUUCAAGAGUAAAGUGGCUACUAGCAAGGACAAUGGAAGAGAUUUCAGUACUCAUCUGUACAUCCCAGAGUACGACGAAGAAAUCGAAGAAUUCUUCCAUGAAAGGGAAGAUCACAACCACGUGCUCAAGAGACUAACAAACUGUUUGAGAGUUGGAUCAAUACCUGGCAUCAAUUUGAAGUGUUUUGUUGAUGCAUUGCACGAUCCAAAAAGUGGCCUUACGAAGACAGCACUUACUGGGGUCAAUAAACAAUCUGUCCCUGACUGCGAGAAGAUUUUUUCUGUAGGUGUCAUCAAGUUCAUGAAAGAAAAUGGCCAUCAAAAAGAAUAUGAAUUCGUAAAGCUUGUUCAUGAUUGGCAUAAAGCAUCUGAUGGAAGAGGAUUGACGGAGGAAUUCAGGAAAGAAGCAAAUAUGAACAUGUUGCAUUGGAUUCUCGAUGAUUGGAUGCCAUGGCAUCGUUACAUCAAAGACUACAGCACUAUUGACAUAAAUAGGCCGAUAAAGGGUAUAAGAGGCCUAUCAAGGGAACUGAUUGUUGGGCUUAUUGCCAACAUAGAAAGUCAGGAGUUAAGACGACAAGAGUAUGUAGAAAGACAACUUCCGCCGGAGCACCCGAGAGCGGGUUCCACAGAUGAUGUUGAGGGAUUGGUAUCAACAUUACAUGACCUUCUUGGCCCAGUUUUCGACCACAAGACAUUCAUUGAUCAGCUCCCAAAAGUGCAGAACGAGUUUAAGAAGAGAAUGGAUCCUGACCUCCCAUUCUACUAUUGGACGCAAUACAAAGAGCGCUACCAAACUGAUCCCUUACCUAGUUUCAAACCUUCUUCUAGUGGUAUUGAGAGGCUAGACAAGAUCCAAAUAUCAAGAAGAUCAGAUCCUGGUCUGUUUGUCCACAACAGAGCACACUUGCCACAAAAGAACACCCUGACAGUACGGGCAAAGUUUCACAAGGCCCCUGAUAUGCUGCCAAGUAUAACUUUAUAG